AUGGACAUCAAGUGUGACUUCAAUAAUCCUGGCCAACUGCCCCUAUUCAAGAGGAUGUACAUUUGUUUUGGGGCAUUGAAGCAAGGAUUCAAAGUUGGAUGCAGACCAUUGCUAGGCUUAGAUGGGUGUGACCUCAAGAGUGCCUAUGGUGGUCAGCUGUUGUCAGCUGUGAGGGUGGAUGCUAAUAACACAACCUGGGUGGUUGCUUAUGCACAAGUAAAGAUGGAGAGUAAGGAUUCAUGGGACUGGUUCUUGAGGCUUUUGGUUAAGGAUUUAGAGAUCACAGGUGAAGGAAAUUGUUUCACCUUCAUUUCAGACAAACAAAAGGGGCUUCUACCUGCAUGUGAAGAUGUGGUGCCACUAGCUGAUUACAGGUUCUGUGUUAGGCACUUGUGGACUAAUUUCAACAAGCUAUUCCCUGGCAAGGUCAUGAAGGACCAGCUGUGGGCAGUUGCCAAGUCCACAACCAUGUCUUAUGACCACAAAGAGAUGGUUUUGAUGAACCAGAUGGAUUUAGAGGCUCAUAAAUGGCUAACAAAUCCAAAGAGAAACCCUAAACAUUGGUGCAGAGCCCACUUCAACACAGUUUUGAAGUGUGAUGUGUUGUUCAACAAUCUUUCAGAGAGUUUCAAUUCUUGUAUCCAACCUGCAAGGUCCAAACCAGUCAUUACAUGCUUUGAAGAAAUUAAGGUGAGGAUGAUGAAGAGGAUUGCAAUCAGGAAAGAGAAGAUGAGCAAAGUUAUGGACCCUAUCUGCCCCAGGCCAAGGCUGAUUCUGGAGAAGAACAAGGUUAAAUCUGCAACAGAUUGCAUCCCUAAUGGGACUGGGAGCCAUAAAAUUGAAGUGGAGAGCAUUGGAGGCAGCAAGUAUGUGGUCGAUCUGGGUAGAAGGGCUUGUGCUUGUAGGAGAUGGGAUCUAACUGGGAUCCCUUGCAAGCAUGCCAUAUCAGCCAUCAACUUCAUGAGAGAGAAGCCUGAAGAUUAUGUUGAUGCAUGCUACAAGGGCUGGGCAUUUAAACCCAAAAACCCGCAAACCCGGACCGGCCUGUCAAAGCCCGACCCAUACGGGCCGGGCCCAAUUAUUUUUUUCAUCGAAACGGGUCGGGCUGGGCCUUGA